AUGAUCAAUGCUGGGGUGGACAGUGAGAAACCUCUCUAUCCUCUAGGUUUCACUCCGACAAAUGCACAGGCAUGUCCGCAAGGUGUACCAAUUAUCAGAACCCAGCAAAAUCAGGCCAGUACCUCAGCACCAGUGAAUUAUCUGAUAAGCUCAGACUCCAAUCUGUGGGGCAAUCCAACUACCCUUGUAGUUCCUGAUUUGAACGAAAUAGAAAAAGCAAAGAUGGAACUACCAAAACAACUCGAGGAUCGAUAUAGGUGGUUGGAGGAAAAAUUCAAGGCGAUGGAAAAUGAUGAUGAUUAUCGCAGAAUUGACGCCAGGGACCUGAGCUUGGUUCCAGACUUAAUACUUCCUUACAAGUUCAAGAUGCCUAAAUUAGAAAAAUAUAACGGGACUAGCUGUCUCGAAGCUCACAUUUCCAUGUUUUGUAGACGAAUGAUUGGGUAUGUCAAUAAUGACCAAUUAUUGAUUCACUGUUUCCAAGAAAGUCUAGUUGGGGCAGCAUCUAAAUGGUACAACCAAUUGAGCCGUACCCAGAUCAAUUCAUGGAAAGAUCUAGCACAAGCUUUCAUGAAACAGUAUAGUCAUGUGACAGAUAUGACUCCUGAUAGGAUUACUUUACAGAGCAUGGAAAAGAAACCGAAUGAGAGUUUCCGGCGAUAUGCCCAAAGGUGGAGGGAAGUUGCCAUACAAGUUCAGCCACAUCUCCUAGAAAAAGAGACUACCAUGCUUUUCAUCAAUACUCUGAAAGCCUCGUUCAUUGACUAUAUGUUGGGAAGCACUACUUUGAGCUUUUCAGAUUUAGUAAUGUCUGGUGAAUUGAUUGAAAACGCAAUAAGGAGUGGGAAGAUAGAUGCAGGAGAAAGCGCCAAGAGGUCAACCCAAAAGAUAAAUGAAAAUGAAAUGAACAUCGUGAGCAUGCCUUCCAAAUUGGUCAAUGUAGGCCAGCCGAAGAUUUUCUAUAUGUGGGGCAUGGAUGUUACCAGGCCAUUCUCAUCUAAUAUGCUUCGAUUUAUCUUGGUGGUCUUCGAUGACUUCAUGAAGAAGGAUCUUCACUGGGGCAACAAAUUGCUCAUUGGUUUAUGGGAUAAAAAUGGUUUUGAAAACAAGAUUCCUUUUCUCUGA